AUGAUUGCUACUUGUAUACUUUUAAUGGGUAAGCCAAUUUUGAAAACAGCCAAAGUAAUUUUCAGAUACAUAUAUAACUCUUUAUUUAGUAUCUCUUUAAAAAGUUCUAAACAAGCAAAGCCCUUUACGGUUUUCCCAUUCCACAAAGAUUUAGUUUGCAUAGUAAAAAUACCAGACAGUUCCGCAAAAAAAGAAUAUAGAAUUUCAAGUAAUGGUUUUGAUUUUUCAGAUUUAGAUGAUGGAGAAUAUAAUGUUAAUUUUAUUUUUAAAGAGGGUUUAUCUAAAGCAAUUUCUUUAAAGAAAACUAAAAUUAUAAUAGAAAAUGGUGAAUAUAAAACAGAUUUUAUUGAUUUAUCAGCAUCAAUUGUUUCAUUAUCAUUUAAUGCAUAUGAUAAACCAGUUCAAAACUCAAAACUUACCGGUACAGUUCAAAUAGAAGGUGAAAGUGAGAAAUUGAAUCUCAAUUCAAUUACAGAUUCAAAGGGUUGUUAUGACACUGUCUUACCAAAAUGUAAAGUAGAAGUAGAGGUUAAAGGUGUCAUUGAUGGCAAACCAGUUUGUAUCAAUGAAAGCUAUAAUAUUGAAGAAUCAAAACCAGCAUCAAACAUUGAAGAAGCUAAAACCAUCAGACCCAAAUCAUUUAAUAAAUCAGUUAAAUGUGAGAAUUAUAAUAUUAGUACAGCUGGUAAAAAGGUAGUUUAUCUAUGUGAUAUCAGUGGUUCAAUGGACACGUCAGAUAAUGGUGUAUCUCGAAUAGUUACAUUAAAGAAAAAUAUAAAAAAGAUAAUUGAAGAAAAUAAAAACUCAUUCUCAGUGGCAGCAUGGAACACAAGUACCAGUUUUUCAAUUGGAAAAGAAUGGUUAAAUAAACAAAAUGAAGCUAAAAAUAAAACCCUUCUCAUAAAUUGGAUUGAUUCUUUAAAAGCAGCUGGUGGAACUGAUAUGAAGCAAGCAAUUGUAGCAGGUAUUUCUCAAUUUAGAGAUGCUGAUGAGUUUGUUGUACUUUGUGAUGGUGACAUAACACCAUUUGACAUGGCCAGUUGGUCCACUUUUUACAGAGAUAAUUCAAAAUAUAUGUUUUCUUUUGUUGGUAUUGGCAAUUCCUCAGAUGAACAAAUGAAAGAAAUGUCCCAAAUUGGUAAUGGCCAAUAUACAAAUGCUUUUUAA